CGGAAACUAUCUACAACACGCAACAUGCGCACGUUAAAAAGGUUGCCAAAUCCUUUCGCCACAUAAAAUCCACAGUAAAAAUUCCUCGAUCUGGGUCCGCGUAAAAGCCGUAAAACAUCCAAAACCUUGCAUUUCCAUUUGAACACGUCGGCAUCGUAGACUUCACCCGCCGCCGCAUAUUAGCAUCUUUCCAGCCAUUUCGCUCUUCUCAAUGCCUCCUUCACGAGAUCCGGUUUGCAUUUGGGAGAGAAGUUCCCUAUUGCUUUUUCGCUAAUCUCGCUUUGCAAGAUUCGAUUGAGUACGGACUGCAUUGAGAUCUUGUGCUCCCAGUGGCAUUUGCACCACAAUUCGUUGAUGGCACCUGCUGGUUCUAUGCGAUUGUCCCGUGAAUUGGGAAUAUACAGUAGUUAUGGAUGUGGUAAACAAAACCGAAGUGUGAUGGGAGAGGUUCGAUUAAACUUGGUUCGCAUCAAUCUCUCAUCAAAUAGUUUGCGACAAGAUGCCUGGAGUCUCCAUCUUUUGAGCUGUGUGCGUGGUCCAAUAUUUCCUGUAUCCUCCGGAUGUAAUAUUUUGUUGUGCCGUUCUGCUAUAGUACCCGGGGGAGGAAAUGAGAUUCCUCUUCUGAAAUCUGCAGCUGUGGUUUUGAAAAGGUCAUAUGAUGCUCUACACGGAAUCUCUCCUGCACUUAAAUUGAUUCCUGCUGCCGGUAUCAUUGCCUUUGCUGCUUGGGGUCUUGGGCCACUCCUGCGUCUCAGCAGGACCAUAUUUCUUCAUAGAAAUGAUAGUAACUGGAAGAAAAGUACUACAUACUACGUUAUGACUUCUUAUCUUCAGCCUUUUCUUCUUUGGACUGCAGCAAUACUCAUCUGCAGAGCAUUGGAUCGUGUAGUCCUACCUUCAGAAGCUAGCCAUGCUGUCAAACAACGACUUCUGGAUUUUGUGCGAUCACUAUCGACAGUGCUUGCAUGUGCCUAUUGUUUAUCAAGCCUGAUUCAACAAGCACAACAAAUCUUCAUGGAGGCAAAUGACUCUAGUGAUGCAAGAAAUAUGGGCUUCAAUUUUGCUGGGAAAGCUGUUUAUACUGCAGUUUGGGUUGCUGCUGUUUCAUUGUUCAUGGAGUUGUUGGGUUUUUCUACCCAAAAGUGGCUAACUGCUGGUGGUCUUGGCACAGUUCUGCUCACACUCGCUGGUCGUGAGAUAUUUACUAAUUUCCUUUCAAGUGUAAUGAUUCAUGCAACACGGCCAUUUGUUGUGAAUGAAUGGAUUCAAACAAAGAUCGAAGGCUAUGAAGUUUCUGGUACAGUUGAGCAUGUGGGUUGGUGGUCACCAACAAUUAUAAGAGGCGAUGAUCGUGAAGCAGUACACAUACCAAACCACCAGUUCACUGUUAAUGUUGUGAGGAACCUUAGCCAGAAGUCACAUUGGCGCAUCAAGACCCAUCUUGCCAUCAGCCACUUGGAUGUUAAUAAGAUUAAUACUAUUGUAGCUGAUAUGCGUAAGGUUUUGGCCAAAAAUCCUCAAGUAGAGCAGCAAAGGUUACACAGAAGAGUUUUUCUAGAAGGUGUCAAUCCAGAAAAUCAGGCACUUAUGAUUUUGGUAUCUUGCUUUGUGAAAACUUCACGUAUGGAAGAGUACCUUAGUGUCAAGGAAGCUAUACUCCUGGACCUUCUCAGAGUUAUCAGCCAUCAUCGGGCACGGCUUGCCACACCCAUCCGCACAGUUCAGAAAAUAUACAACGGGGCUGACUUGGAAAAUAUUCCAUUUGCUGACACCAUUUUCACUCGUUCGAGACCAUAUGCUAACCGUCCCCUCCUACUUAUUGAACCCUCUAAUAGAAUCAGUGGUGAUGAUAAAAAUAAGAGUUCAGCUCGUCCAAUGCGAAAUGUAGAAAAGGAUACCAAGGUUGAAGCAGUAUCAACACCUGACUCCAAGGCAGAUAAAAAUACUGGAUCAGCUUCGAGUCUUGAUCCAAAAGCAGAUCAUAAGACUCCGGCAAUGUCAACCUCAGAAACAAGCUUAAACCCUAAGGCUUCAGCAAUGCAAAAAUCUGACACCAACAUGGGGAAUUCGGUGUCUGACUGUACAGCCCAAAACAACUCUGAGGUGCUGCAGCUCAAGCAUAAAAACAUGGAAGGUGCAGGGAAGGAGACAAUGGAACUGAAUUCUGAAGGUGUAACCCACCACGGAUCUACAGUCGAGAAGCCAUUAGCUUCUUCCCUGGAAGCAGGCAGUGAAAGAACAGAAAUUUCUUCAGCCUCUUUACAAGCAAAGCAAGAUGGUGGGAGGGCUGUUGCAUCGCCUACAAUACCAAUGCCUCACUUGGAAGAGAAUAUCGUUCUUGGCGUAGCUUUAGAGGGGUCAAAACGUACGCUUCCAAUUGAGGAAGAAGUGGCUUCAUGUCCAACAAUUGAAGAGUCAAAAGAGUUGACUGCUGCCAGAAAUGGGAGCGAGUCUCCUCCCAUUACCAACGAUAAGAAAGACGGUCAAAUGCCAGCAAUUCCUAGUGGCACACGAAGUGAUUAGCUGCAUCAGAAAGGUGGUGAUUGCCGAUAUUGUAGUCCAUGCUUCAGCUGAUUGAAGUUGUACCAGUGUAUGCAGCUGAGUUUUUGAAAGCUGCAUUACAUGAUGUCCCAUUAUUGUAAAUUAGUACUGUAGAAUCAAUCAAACAUUCAUUGCCAGCUUGAACCACCGAAGGGCCGAAGGCCGCCCGGGUGCAGCCAGAGGUGGGCCGGUAAAAGCCUAUCAGUUGCUGCCUUGCGGGCAUUAUGGUUUGUCUUUGUUUUAGAUAGACUCAAAUAGGGUGAAAAUCUUAGGUGUUUUAAAUCAUUUCAUUAUUAUAUUUUAUUUGGUGGACGAGAUGGAUGUUCACCAAGGUU